CCCGCUUCAUUCAAAUUCGCUACAGACAAACAUGUCAGCCCCGAUCGCAUCAGCUCACCUUCGCGUGGCCCGCCCCACAAACAAUAUCGACGCCCUGCUGCCCUUUUACGUCGACGAUCUAGGGUUUAAAAAGAUCGGCGAAUUUCGUGACCACGACGGCUUCGAUGGUCUAAUGCUCGGUCAUGAGGGUGCAGGCUAUCAUCUUGAGUUCACAGCGAAGCGUGGGCAUGACGCCGGUAGAUCACCUACGCAGGACAAUCUCAUAAUUUUCUACCUGCCUAAGAAAGAGGAAUUCGAUGAUGCAGUUGCGCGGAUGGAGAAAGCGGGCAUUGUUUCUGUCACAAGCUUUAAUCCGUAUUGGGAUCAGUGCGGAAAGACUUUUGAGGACGCUGAUGGGUAUCGAGUGGUGUUGGCAAAUAUGAAGUGGAAUUUGUGAAGCGACAUUGUGAUGGAUGGACCAGGCGCGGUAUUCCUUUGGGUGGGAUGAAGGAAGAAGGUUGACCCAGCUGCUGAGAGGUAACUGGCAUUAAUACUGCUUGGUUAAAGCAGCAAUUGCGCCAUUGAGGCAGAUGAACCUUAUCUGAUUUUGAAUUCUGCGAUGAUGGCCUGCUAUAGGGGUCUCACUGUUUAAGCCUUUGUAGAAAAGUUAAAAAAGCUCGAUGGCCUCGUACAAGGCUGACGGCAAGGGAAAAAGAAAUAUAUAUAUAUACUGUAG